UGUAUACCACCCAUCAGUUUUUUGCCCCGAAAAUGCGCAACUGUGGACUGCAACCAGUCUAGGACCGACCCAGAUAUUGAGGGAACCGAACUGAGCCACCUUGGACUGGUCUUUUGCAAUCUAUGGAACCAUUUCAGACCGAUCCAGACCGGUUUUUUUGCAUAUAAUUUAUUAUACCAAUAUAAACCAUUUGUAUCUUAA